AGCCAGCUCCGCGUCUACGCCGCCGCCUGCUCUGGCCGGGCCCGGUCAGAGCCGGAGCAUGGAACCUGGAGAGCCCCGGGAGCCCCAGGAGCCCCGCGAGCCGGGGCCGGGAGCGGAGACCGCUGAGGCCCAGGUCUGGGAGGAAGCCAAGAUUUUCUACGACAACCUCGCGCCCAAGAAGAAACCCAAAUCGCCCAAGCCUCAGAAUGCAGUCACCAUCGCUGUGUCCUCCCGAGCCUUGUUUCGCAUGGACGAGGAGCAACGGAUCUACACGGAGCAGGGCGUGGAGGAGUACGUGCGCUACCAGCUGGAACAUGAGAACGAGCCCUUCAGUCCCGGGCCUGCCUUCCCGUUCGUGAAGGCUCUGGAGGCUGUGAACAGGCGGCUGCGGGAGCUGUACCCCGAUAGUGAGGACGUCUUCGACAUUGUCCUCAUGACCAACAACCAUGCUCAAGUGGGUGUCCGCCUCAUCAACAGUAUCAACCACUAUGACCUGUUCAUCGAGAGGUUCUGCAUGACAGGUGGGAACAGCCCCAUCUGCUAUCUCAAGGCCUAUCACACCAACCUCUACUUGUCAGCCGAUGCGGAAAAAGUGCGAGAAGCCAUUGAUGAAGGGAUCGCAGCUGCCACCAUCUUCAGCCCCAGCAGGGACGUGGUUGUGUCCCAGAGUCAGCUGCGCGUGGCCUUCGACGGGGACGCUGUGCUCUUCUCGGACGAGUCGGAGCGCAUCGUCAAGGCCCACGGGCUGGACCGAUUCUUCGAGCAUGAGAAGGCUCACGAGAACAAACCUCUGGCUCAGGGCCCCUUAAAGGGCUUUCUGGAGGCACUGGGUAGGCUGCAGAAGAAGUUCUACUCCAAAGGCCUACGGCUGGAGUGCCCAAUUCGUACCUACUUGGUGACAGCACGCAGUGCAGCCAGUUCUGGGGCCCGGGCUCUCAAGACCCUGCGCAGCUGGGGCCUGGAGACAGAUGAAGCCUUGUUCCUCGCUGGAGCGCCCAAGGGCCCCCUCCUAGAGAAGAUCCGCCCACACAUCUUCUUUGAUGACCAGAUGUUCCAUGUGGCUGGGGCUCAGGAGAUGGGCACCGUGGCAGCCCAUGUGCCUUAUGGCGUGGCACAGACACCCCGGAGGACUGCACCUGCAAAGCAGGCUCCAUCUGCACAGUAGCUGAACCACCAGCUUUACUGAUCCACAUUGCUCCAGGCUCCCUGAAAUACUUCGACACGUCCUCUGGUAGAUCCCUGUAGUUUCUCACUGUUCUGUGCUUCUGCCUGUCUGCCCUCAUCCCUAUGAGUGAUGUACUUGUAGGAAAUUAUGCAGAUGGGACUGGCAUUCUCAACAUCCCCCCUUUAGGGCAAAUUCUGUGCCAUGAUCCUGAGUAGGACAGUAGGAUUGUGCAGAGUAGCUGGAUUUCAGAGGGAAGUUAAUGGGUCUGAUCUCUCAGACCCAUGAAAACUAACUCAGUGUGGUGGAAAGAACACUGCUAUGGGAGAGAGUGGAUCUGGCUUCUAAGCUCUGUCCUGGAAUUAACUGCAUGACUUUGGGCAAUCCCUCCCCUUCAUGGGCCCCAGUUUCCCAUCUUUUGGGCGGUUUUCAAGCUCUCUUUUAGCCAAAGAAGCUUGGUUCUUUAAGAUCGCCCUCUUAGAAGGAAGCAUUCUAUGUCAGUGCUGCUGCUGGUAUGUAUGCACCUUUGCGCAAAUUACAAAAGGACACUGUCUAGGUGAAUGAAGAACGAAAAGACAGCCCUUCCUCUGGCCUGAUCCAGUCUCAUGCUGGGGUACACAGCUUAGUUAGCAGGAUAGAGGCUGGAUUUCACUCCCCAUGUGUCCUUCAGCUCUGAGGCCUCUGCAAAAAGGACAAAAUGCAAAAUCGCCCCCAGUAACUCCAUCUAUAAUUUUACACAUUUUGAAACCACUGGACAAGAUGACCUACCUGCUCCUGUGAUUCUCUAACCUGAAUGGUCAUCAGGGCUCAGCCCAGGAAGCAAGGGGAGUGAAUUGAACAUGCAUACAAACUCUCCUCCAGCCAGCAGGGGGCACUGCAGGCUCUUCCCAGGGAGGCGCUUUAGUAGCUGCCUGCUCAGUGUUUCCUUUCCUCUUGCUUUGAGCCAAAGUUCAGUUGCUCCUGCCUGCCAAGACCCUCACUUCCACCACCCUCACUCCCCCGGCUAUUACAUCUUGUUGAACAGCUCUGCUGGUGGGGAACGGGGCAGAGCAUCAGUGUCUACUGUUGUGGCCCCAAUUCUCGGAGAAGAAAGUGCAGUGGAUGAGGUAGGCGGUUGUCUAGGCUGAGCCCCAGGGUGAGGUGCUGCCUGGGGUGAAGUGGGAAGUGUCAGGAGGUCUGGUGUGAGACAAAAGGUACUGACAAAGUGACGCUUGGAGAGGAAGGAGCUGAAAUGUGCACCAGCAAACUUCUCCAGCUAUGGGAUUGUGAGUGGAAGGCCAGUCAGAGCUGCCUUUGGAGGUAAUGAGCUCUCCAUCACUGGAUGCUGUGCAAGGGCUUCCAGGAUGAGAUGACCUCCCCAUGAAAUGCAUCAGCGGAUCCUCCACAUCUGCAGGAGCCCCUGCGGCCCCUUCUUCACCACUUUCAGAGAACUCUCACCACUUGAUGAGUCAGCCUCCUCCUUUGCUGAGCAUCCCCGGCUCUCUCCGAAGGGAGGGUGGAAGCACCAAUGGCUGGUCCCCAGGAAGACGGAAGGGGUGAGCAGACAUCUGUGUGUGGACUGAUUGCCAGGCUUCUAGGAGGAAUCCUAGUCAUGAGCAAGCACUUUGUAAAGAAAACCAGAAGUGUCAUGAGAGGGGCAGGAGCCUGGAGGUGUGGUGGCAGGAAAUAGGGGAGGAGAGCACCCUGGGGUUUUUUAUCUUUGACCUUCUGGGGACUCAGCUCAGGGUCUGAAUGGGUUCUGUGCAGUGUGGGGCAGGGUAAGAGAUGCAGAAAGAUAUUCCAGGAAGGAGAACAAAGUGAGAAGGCAGAGGUGGUUCUCAAAAUGAGCAACGAUUUGGGCCAGAAGGGCUUUUGCUGUCGUUGUCAGAGGUCUCCAUGAAGCUGGUCCCAAGGAGGAAUGGUAUGACUGUGUGGAGUGACUAGGACAGACACCCACAGUGACUGCUUUAUCAGGGGACACUGGCAUUAUUGCCCCUAGAAGGGCAUAUGAUGAUGUCUUUGCACGAGGUCAUUUCCACUGCACAGCCAGGAUCCUUCUGGCUAACAGAGGAGGCCUUGGGGGCAGAAGACCAGGGUUGUCUCUACUUCCAGAGUUCCAAGCCUAGAUAGAGGUACUGUGAGGGCCAAGGACAACCUCAAGGAAACAAAAAAGAAGUGAAGGAGGGAGCUGAGCCCCUGAGUCACCUUCAUUCUUGGCUGAACCGCAGAAAGGCCCUCUCCUCACUCCCAGGGGUCAGAAUCACCCCCGUGGAAGAGCCUCCAAGGCUCACAGAACUAGUGACUGCAAGAAGCCUACAAGGCCAGGCACAGCCCCGGCUCACAGCAUGGCAACAGGCUGCCUGACCAGGGUGGACCUGUGCACUGGAGGCAGCACCAGAUGUCGCCUAAUUAAGAUAAACUGCAGGGAUUCUGGGACCUGUGUGGUCUUGCCCCCAGGGCCUGGUGAUGAACACCACUGAUGACUCCAUGUGUCUCAGGAAGCAGGAAAAUAUGAUGCUGGAAGCAGAAAGAUAAGGUGCAGCAAAAGCCAUGGAUUUCACUGGAGCUAUCAUUAAUAGACACAGACAGCCCUGGGCAAUGGAGAAAACACUAAGAGUCUAAAUUCUAUUAUUGAAAUCACAAACGAGCAUCUCAGGCCUGGAAAAAAGCUUUCAGUCGCUGGAAUAAAAAUCUGGGGCGGCACUCUCAGGCAGCAGUUACACGGGCCUUCUGAUUGUCUUAGAGGUGAGGAGGUGCCCAGGGAUGAGGAACACUGAGUGUCGUGUCACCAGGAAAUUAAAAAGCCAGGUGAGCACAAAAGUCCCAGGCCUAACCAGGGAAUGCAGCACUGAGGCAGAGCAGCCACGGCUUCUGAAACACUGGACCCCUUUAGCUGAGAGCACCACUUCCCUAACAAGCCCUGCAGAACACUGGUUCCAGGAGACGCCUGCCAGCAAAAUCCCAGAGCCAAUGGGACUGCUGCUUAGCUGAAAACUGGAAGCCCUGUUACUAAGCACUGAGACUGCUCAGCCAGUUGCAAAACAUCCCCCUCUCCUAUCUGAGAGCCCAAUCAGAGUAGUGGGGAUAUAUCAGAAUAUGCCAGGAAAAAAACAGAAACUAGCAAGAAGUUCAAAGCCAAGAUGGAUUUGGCAUUAUAAUGACACUUAAUUUGUGUGCACCAGUACAGCCAAACUGAUGACUCAAAUCUUGAAAUACCUCCAUACCAGUUGGUAAAUAAUGCUGCGCUGAGUCCCCUGAAUGUCUCUUCGUGGUCUCAGCUGACCCUUCCACUGUGAAUGCUCCAUUUUCCCACAGUGCAGCCUCUAGGAGGCUGCUAUGGCACUAUGGCCAGUGUCCACUCUGUUUUGUGGUGUCCUGGCCAUGCUGGUUUAGGGAAGUAAAGUAACUUGCCCAAAGCCAUAGAGCUAGUAAGUGGCAGUGCUGGGACUCAAACUCAUGUCCAUCUGAUGCUAGGACCCAGGUUUUCAACCAUUUUGUCAUAUUGCUCAUACAUAUGCAUGGAGAUAGCCAGAGAAGCUCCAUUCUGAGGUCUUCACUAGGAGUUUACUUACCCAACAGUUAACACGUUGAUUUCCUGCAUGGUGAAAUGCUGGAAUACAUUUGAGUGGGUGCUUUUAUUAUAACUUCCUAAACAGCUAAAAAUAAUUUAAAUUAGAGGCAAGCAUUUGCGAACACCUGGAAGCACUUUCAAACAAUCCCAAGUUCUGAGAAACCCAGUGUGAAGACCCCUGUUUUGGACUAAUGCAGAGUUUGGCAAACUCUGGGCCUAUGGGCCAAAUCUGACCCAUUGCCUGUUUUUGUAAAGAAACUCUGAUUGGGGCCAGGCGUGGUGGCUCACGCCUGUAAUCCCAGCACUUUGGGAGGCUGAGUUGGGCAGAUCACAAGUUCAGGAGAUCGAGACCAUCCUGCCCAACAUGAUGAAACCCCAUCUCUACUAAAAAUACAAAAAUUAGCUGGGUGUGGUGGCGCAUGCCGGUAGUCCCAGCUACUCAGGAGGCUGAGGCAGGAGAAUCGCUUGAAUCCGGGAGGCAGAGGUUGCAGUGAACCAAGAUCGCGCCACUGCACUCCAGCCUAGCAACAGAGUGAGACUCCAUCUAAAAAGAAAAGAAAAGAAAAAGAUAAAGAAGAGAAACUGCUUAGAACACAGCCAUGCCCAUUUGUUUACCUAUGUUUAUGACUGAUUUUGCACUGCUACAGCAGAGUUGAAUUCUUGCAACAGAGACUGCAAGCUAAAAAUAUUUUCUAUCUGGCCCUUUACAGAAAAAUGUGCGGACCUCUGGGCUAAGGCAGACAGCCUGGCUGACACCUCAGUGGGAUGAGCCAGGUCACAUCCACCUAUGCAUCUGUGGGCGGAGGUUGGCUCCACUGCCGAGGGGAAGGGACAUGGAGGCUCCAUGCCCAUCUGAAGAGUCCAAGUUUUGACUAUUUUCAAGCGACUCAUGGUUCAUGGUAAUUUGCAGUUUUGUCGAUGCACUGAUUUGACUUGGGUGUGCUCUCCCAAGCUGAUGAGUGAGAGGGCAGGAGCAGGGCCCUUGGCUGGGGAUGAGCCCAGCUGGCUGUCCAGCAUGGCUUUGUAUUCCCGACUCAUUUCCUCAUGAGGCCUCUUAGGCAAUGAUGAACCUGGUAGGUGGAUGGGCAUUAGCUAAACAUGAGUUUUGGAUAGCUUGAAGUGCUCAGUGUUGAUGUCAGAGGCUCCGAGCCAACAAGUUCAUUCACGUACUUUCUGUGAAAGCAAGAACAAGUCUGUCGUGAAGAGGGUCCCAUGAGGACUUCAGCCGGUUCAGAAGUUACUGAUCAUGGGAGAGAGAAAACUCCUGUAACAGCUGGAAUGGCAGUUUAUUGUGGCUUGAAGGCAUGUGAGCAAUAAACACAAAUAGCCCUCAUAAUGGAAUUGUGGAUCAGGAGAAUUCUAGGACCCUGCAAGUUAAGAGAUUUACCAGGCUUCCAGGAUCCACAGCAAGAACGGAGAGUAUGGAAGAUGCCCCAUCUACAGCCGUCAUUGCUGUCGCUAUGCCAUCAUGAUACCUUUCUCCACCAAGCCCAGACUGGGUCUCAGAAUCUUUCUGUAUCCAGCAUUCCAGGCAGCCACUACCAGUGGGCUGGAGCUGGUGUGAACGAUGAAACCUAUUUUGCCAUUCCUAUUGGCGUUGGGUUUUGCUAUCCAGGAGGCAUGCAAGGUCCGGAAUGUUCAUCCUCUGAGGAUAUGACACAACUCUGAGGAUGCCAGAGCCUCACCUGACUCGGGUGGAACACAAGGAGGUAGAUGAAUAGUAUCGUGUGGCUGGCAGCUUCGCGGGCCAUGGGUUUUAUAACCAGUCUUAAAGCAAAACACAAAACCACCUCCUUUCUGCCAGUAGGUGGCACUGCAGGCCGGCACACAGCUGCUGGCAGUAGUCAAAUGAUUCUACCCACUGAUUUACUUUUCUCUCCUUGUGACUUAGUGUGGUGCUGGACUCUCCCCACCGUUAGCUCCAGCCAGCCAAAAACGACUUUAGGUGCUCUGGAAAUGUUUGCUAAACACGCCCGAGUGACAGCCAAUUGCUCUUGCCGACAAUUACUGUGAUUGUGUUUAUGUGUGCACACAUGUAAGUUUGUGCAACAGGAUAAAAAUCGUACUCGUACAUGUAUUUAUGUGGGUGUGUGUAAUGGGCCAGAUAUCUCAGCCAACGACUCUGUGUGUGUGUGUGUACUCACUAUGUGUACAGAUGGUUAUCUCUGUUAACUGAGUGUCCUAGGACCCAUAUACUGAUGGCCAAUCCUAGAAUAGCUGUACCCAUUUCCUUCAUAACAUGGGUAUUUGCAUAUGUGCAGCUUGGGGGCCAUUGAGACCAGCCCCCAACCUCUGGCCAAGAAAAUCUUGGCUCCUAACCCUCUGCCUCCUACUCCUACUCCUGAGCCUUGGGAAGGAAGUAGUAGAAUCUGUGUAAGGACAACCCUUUUGACUACACCUGCCUCAUCAUCUCCGUUUGUUUCUUCCCUCCCCCUAACAGUGCCAAGGCCAACAUGUCCAGUUGGGCAGAUUAUGCACUGCAAAAAUCUAGAGGGCGCCAUUGGUAUUGUGACAUGGGUGGUACCUCUUAGACACCUGCAUAACCUGCCAACUGUAUACAGAUGCCCUGGUCAUCUUAUGGCCAUGGCUAGGAAAGUUGCCUUCCUUCCCCCCACUAGCCCUGCCCAACCUAGACAAAGAUUCCUGCCUCUGCUUGAGUGUUCUAAUGUGGCCCAGAAGUGACUUACCAUUGACCUUGAUUGGGAAGUAUCUCCCUGAUGGGCCAUCCCCUAGAGGCCUUUGGAAUUCCAUUUAUAAAAGUGAAAUGUGUCUGGGAACUUUGCAGUUACUCAUCUUUGCAAAGUGAAAGCCUCUGUAAGGCAAACCAAAGCUGUGAAGACUGGGGUCACUGACUCCCACACUCCUGGCCUGUGGGUGAAUAUAUGCCUUCAUGACCAUCUGCCACGGAAUUAGGUAAAGGCCUCAAGUCUAGUCUUGUAGCUAGCUGCCACAAAGAAGCCACCGAGAAAAUCACUGAGGUCACCCUAGAUUGGAUGCCUGGGCCGGGGUCGCAAACCCCAAUGCCUACAGGGGCCAGGCAGGAAACCUAAAUGAGUGGAGAGGAUUAAGCCAGGUCUUCAGUGAGAAUGGAGAACGCUGUGGUCUGCCAUGGUUGCUGCCACAUGGGAAUGUGGCCUGAGAUUGCCGGAUAGUCCACCCCAUUUUUGAAGAGAAGCUGGGAAUCUGGUCUUUUAAAUGUUGACAACUAUUUUGAAUUUAGAAAACAUCAUCCGGGCCAAAUAAAACAUAUUCUGUAGGCAAGAUCAGGCCCUCGGAUCUGCAGUUUGCAUCCGCUGGCCCAGGCCCAGAGACUUGGGUUUUUAAGACCCAAGUCACUGAGAGUCUGAGGAUGUUCACACUCAGAUUCUCACUAUUGGAUCUUUAAGAGACCCCAGAGAUGACCUAGCUCAGCCUUUGUGCGUUCAAAACUGCAUAUGUACAAAGUUUUGUUUUUUGUUUUUUGUUUUUUUGAGACGGAGUCUUGCUCUGUCGCUCAGGCUGGAGUACAGUGGCAAAAUCUUGG